AGGGUGAGAGCUGUAUGAAUGUGACUUACACCCAUCAGAGUAUCUGCUCUUUGAAAGGGUCAACAGUGGACAUAUCAUGCUUUUACACACAUCCCAGUUGGCAUAACGUCACAGAAGUAUCCUGGUUCAGCAAAUGGGAGUCUGGUGUAACUAACGAUCUGAGCCAGGACCCAGAGUAUGCAGAUCGUGUGAAGUACCAUCGGCAAACAGACAAGGACUCCACUCUAAAAAUCACAGACCUUAGGGAAAGAGACUCAACUGAGUACAAGCUCAGAUUUAAAACAGUUAAUGCAGAAUGGGGAUAUACCUUCUCUGGAACAACUCUGUCUGUCACAGGUCUGCAGGUGGAGGUGACUCCUGCCACAGUGACAGAGGGACAGAGAGUCACACUGGCCUGUAGGACCGUCUGUACUCUGAUUGAUAACCCCAACCCCUCCUACAUCUGGUACAAGAAAGGCCAGCGUCUCACCAACCAAAAUAACAGCCUGAUCCUCAACCCAGUCAGCAGUGAGGAUGCAGGCAGAUACUCCUGUGCUGUAGAAGGCUUUGAGGAUCUCCCCUCUGCUGAAGAGACUCUCACUGUCAAAUAUGGCGCAAAGAACACACUGGCAUCAAUCCAUCUCUCUGGUGAAAUAGUGGAGGGCAGUUCAGUGACUCUGACCUGCAGCAGUGAUGCCAACCCACCUGUGGACAAAUACACCUGCUACAAGAAGAAUGGAGCCCACUAUCAGUCUUUAUCCUAUGGGAACACAGAACUACAGCAUGUCUUCAGUCACAUCCAGUCAUCUGAUACUGGGGAGUACUACUGCGAGGCCCGGAAUGAGAUGGGGACAGACAGGUCUGAGUCUAUCAACAUCGAUGUGAAAUAUGCCCCCAAAAGCACCUCAGUGUCAGUCAAUUUCUCUGGUGAAAUAGUGGAGGGCAGUUCAGUGACUCUGACCUGCAGCAGUGAUGCCAACCCACCUGUAGACAAAUACACCUUGGUACAAGAAGAAUGUAACCUCACCAAAGCAUCAGGACAGAGUUACAGCAUCACUAACAUCAUCUCUGAGGACAGAGGAGAAUACUACUGUGAGGCUGAGAAUAAAUAUGGACGUCUCAACUCUUCCCGUGUAUUUGUGGACGUUCAGUAUGACCCAAAGAACACCUCAGUGUCAGUCAGUCCCUCUGGUGAAUUAGUGGAGGGCAGUUCAGUGACUCUGACCUGCAGCAGUGAUGCCAACCCACCUGUGAAGCGUUAUACCUGGAGCAAGAAGAUUGGCUAUCAGUCUAUCUCCUAUGGGAACACAGGACCACAGCACGUCUUCAAUCAUAUCAAGUCAUCUGACACUGGAGAGUACUACUGUGAGGCCUGGAAUGGGAUUAAGACGGGGACGUCUGAGUCAAUCAACAUCGAUGUGAAAUAUGGCCCAAAGAACAUCUCAGUGUCAACCAGUCCCUCUGGUGAAAUAGUGGAGGGCAACUCCAGACUUGACCCGCAGCAGUGAUGCCAACCCACCUGUGGACAGA